AUGAAGAGCAUCUUGGCUUACCAGAGCUCCGAGGUGGACUGGUGCGAGAGCAACUUCCAACACUCGCCGCUGGUGGCCGAGUUCUACAACACGUUCAGCAACAUCACCUUCUUGAUCUUCGGGCCUCUCAUGGCGUUCCUGUUGCAGUCCUACAUCGAGAGGCGCACCCGCUACAUCUACUGCACCCUUGCCCAACGCAUUGCUACGACGGCUAGGUUUGGGGCGAGAGGCGGCGUCCCCCGCCGGCCCGGUCCUACAUCGAGAGGCGCACCCGCUACAUCUACUGCACCCUCUAACUUCCCCGCCUUCGUCAGGGGCAGCAGGUUUCAGUUCGCCUGCAUGAUCCUCAGCGGCUCCGUGCUCGUCACCUUCCUGUCCUUCGUGAGGCCCACGGUCAAUGCGUACGCCCUCAACAGCGUCGCCAUACACAUUGUCUACGUGGUGCGCUUGGAAUAUAAGAAGACCUGCAACAAACAGCUCCGGCACAUGAUCCAGAUGUCGGUGGUUCUGUGGGCCACUGCCCUGGCCAGCUGGAUCAGCGACCACCUCUUCUGCAGCUUCUGGCAGCGAAUUCAUUUCUUCUACCUGCACAGCAUCUGGCACGUGCUCAUGAGCAUCACCUUCCCUUACGGCAUGGUCGCCUUGGCCUUGAUGGACGCCAAGUAUGAGAUGCCAGGCCAGGCCCUCAAAGUCCGCUACUGGCCUCGGGACUCUUGGCCCGUGGGGCUGCCCUACGUCGAAAUCCAGGCUGAUGACAAGAGCUGCUGA